AUUUGUACCCAUACUUUUGUUUUCCAAGUAUGAUGUGUCAUGGAUUAAAUUGAGCAGUAUAAUAUGGUAACAUGUUUUUAUGAAAUGUUCCAUUUAAGUAUUAAACAUUUUUGAAUUUCUCAGGGCUUGUGAUCUCACUGUCCUCUAUAUUUCUGUAAUUAUAUGUGAAUGAAAUUGGUCAAUUGGUUACAUUAAAUCGUUUGUUAAUCAUAAAUUGCUGCUUUGCUUUUAUGCUGCUUCUUAGGAUUUGUGGGAAAUGAAAAAACUUAAGGAUGCUGCAUCUGGAGGAGGGUCCUCAAAGGAGGAGGCAGAAAACACAGUGUAUCAUGUGGCUGGAGACAUCCUGGACAAGCUGCCUGAAGACUAUGAUACCGUGUUGGCGCUGGAGAAAUACCCGACCUUGUACAGUCAGAGCAUGAACACGGUGCUGGUACAGGAGAUGGGACGGUUUAACAACCUGCUCCGGACUAUCCGCAACAGUCUGCGUAACUUGCGUAAAGCAAUCAAAGGUCAGAUUGUGAUGACUUUUGAGCUGGAAGAAGUGUUUACCAGUGUGCUGACAGGCCGAAUUCCUGGUGCUUGGGGCAAGAAGUCUUAUCCCUCACUCAAGCCUCUGGGAAGCUACAUCAUCAGUGACUUCUUAGCCAGGCUGGAGUUUCUUUCUAAAUGGUUUGAUCAUGGUGCACCUUCAAUAUUUUGGAUCUCAGGUUUCUUCUUCACUCAGGCAUUUUUGACUGGAGCACAACAGAACUAUGCCAGAAAGUAUCGCAUACCAAUUGAUCUACUAACUUUUGACUAUGAAGUGAUGAAGGAAGAGCGAUUGUCUAUAGCUCCUGCAGAUGGUGUUUUUGUCUAUGGCUUGUUCCUUGAUGGUGCCCGAUGGAAUAGAGAAAAACAUCAUCUCGACGAAUCUCUUCCAAAAGUCCUGUACGACGUUGUGCCUUACAUGUGGAUUAAACCUCUGAAGCGUGAGGAACUAUUGCCGAAGUCGGUUCUAUACCUCUGUCCACUGUACAAGACGGCAGAACGCAGGGGGAUUCUGUCGACCACCGGACACUCAACCAACUUUGUAGUGGCCAUGCUGCUAGCAACAAUCCAUCCCCAGGAGCAUUGGGUCAUGAGAGGAGUUGCCCUAUUGUGCCAACUAUCUCAAUAAAAUUACUUUUACAAAUUGUCCUU